AUGAUGGCAUUCCUUUCAUGUGCACUUCUAUUUAGUACUUAUUAUUCUUCUUCUUCUACUACUACUACUACUACUACUACUACUACUACUACUACUACUACUACUACUACUACUACUACUACUACUACUACUACUACUACUACUACUACUACUACUACUACUACUACUACUACUACUACUACUACUACUACUACUACUACUACUACUACUACUACUACUACUACUACUACUACUACUACUACUACUACUACUACUACUACUACUACUACUACUACUACUACUACUACUACUACUACUACUACUACUACUACUACUACUACUACUACUACUACUACUACUACUACUACUACUACUACUACUACUACUACUACCCAUAAUACUAUUAAUACUACUUCUCAAAGUACUACUACUGUAGUGAACGAACACUCAGAUGAAAAAGCCCAGUUUAUAUUGAUCGGUACAUAA